AUGGUGUCUUCGACUGCACUCACCUCCAAGGUGGCCUCGGGCUCACCCUACCAGCUUGAUAAUCCUCAGGUCGCCCGAGCUUCAUCUGCACUGCUGCGACACAUCAAGUCCAACCAGGAGGAGAAGGAAAAGUCCGCAACCAAGAAAACUCUGAUUGGCGACAAUGACGACGACUCCGACGCCGAGGACAGCUCGAUCUCCAACGAAGCUGUCUGGCUGAUCCUCACCACCAAGAAGCACGUGGUGGACAAGAACCGCCUGAAGCCCGGCAAGAUUGCUAUCCCGCACUCCCUCAACUCCUCGCCCUCGCUCAGCAUCUGCGUGAUCACCGCCGACCCCCAGCGCGGCGUCAAGGACAUCAUCGCCGACCCGAUCUUCCCGCAAGAACUCUCAUCCCGCAUCGACAAAGUCAUCGGGUUCUCGAAACUCAAGGCGCGCUACCAGAGCUUCGAAAGCCGGCGCCAAUUGUUCUCGGAGCAUGAUGUUUUCCUGGCCGACGACCGGAUCAUCACGCGCCUGGUGCCUACGCUCGGCAAGAUCUUCUACAAGUCCAGCAAGCGGCCGAUUCCCAUUCGCAUUGCCGAGAUUGAGAAGGUGGACGGUAAGCGGGUGAAGAAGGAUCCGAAGAAGAAGCCUGCCAAGGAAGAGCGGAGCGCGGCGUUUGCAGCGCCGUUGAUCGUGGCCAAGGAGAUUGAGCGCACCCUCAACUGUGCGGCUGUGCACCUUGCGCCGGCCACCACAGCGGCUAUCCGGGUUGGAUCGUCCAAGUUCACCGCCGAUCAACUGUCUGAGAAUGUCGCCGCCGUGGUCAAGGGUCUGACGGAGAAGUUUGUCACGAAGGGCUGGAGGAACAUCAAGGCUCUGCACAUUAAGGGCGCCAACACCAUGGCCAUGCCGAUCUGGCUGGCCAGCGAGUUGUGGGUGGAGGAUGCCGAUGUGGUGGAGGAGGGGCAAGGUGUUCCGGCUAUCGAAGGCGCUAAGAACUCCAAGAAGCGCAAGUCGAUUGCAGACCAGAAGCCCGAGGAGAAGAAAGCAAAGAAGUCCAAGCCGGCCGACGACGACGAUGAUGAUGAGGAGAAGGCAUCCUCGCGGAAACAGAAGCUCCAGCAGCUCAAGGCCAAGGCGCUGGAAGAUGGCGAUACGGUGGUCGCAGCACCCAAGGCAGCUGGCAAACAGAAGAGAAAGUCGACCUAG